AUGCCGCUCUACCGUCUUGCAGCUCUGGUGUCCCUCGUUUUGUACCCCUUGUUCUCGCUUCUACCCAAGCUUGCUGCUACUCAUGGGCAUUCUGAAGGGACUCCGGUUGGGUUGUGGGUUCCGCUGAUUGUGCUUAUUCUUCUCCGAUACGCCGCUAUGGUCGUUGGUUUAGCGAGCUUGCAAAUCAUGUCAAACGACAUGGUCAAACCAGAAGAGAGGGCGCUGAUCAAUGGUCUCGGCCAGUCAGUAGGCUCCUUUGCGCGCGCUGUUGGGCCGUCGCUUGGGGGUUUCACGUGGUCGUGGAGUCUUGGAAACAGUCUCAUCGCGCCCUUUGACUUCCACGCAAGCUUUGUACUCCUCGCUUUGAUUUCCUUUGCGCAGUUCAUCAGCUCGCUGGCGCUUCCGAAUCAACAGGAGUUGGAUGCGGAACACAAGAGAUGGAAAUCAAUGCCAGGGCAAGAUUCGAGGAGACCAGGACAAGUGUGA